CGCCCCGUUUAAAGCCGCCCCGUAUCGGGUGAGUUGACGCCGACAGCGGCUGUGGGGGAGCGCCCUGAAAGCGGGACGGCCACGGCGGCCACAAAGGGCACCGGAACUGCCCGAGGGCCGCGACCGGAAGCGGGGCGGAAGCGGGGCGGAACAGGAAGCGCCUCUCCUUAGCGGUGCGUCGCGCCGGAAGUGCGUCACAGCAUCUGAGCGGGGCGCGGGAAGAAGAUGAGCAAAGGGCGGGAGGGACCCGAGGGGAGCGGAGGGCCCGGUGCCGUCGUGCUGCGUUACCUGCGGGAGCAGAACCGGCCGUACAGCGCGCAGGAUGUGCACGGGAACCUGCAGCGGGAGACCGGGAUGGGCAAAGCGGCCGUGCUGAAGGCGCUGGAGCAGCUGGCUCAGCAGGGCCGUGUCCGUGAGAAGCCGUACGGCAAACACAAGAUUUACUUCGCCGACCAGGAGCAGCUCCCGGCCGCGGGCGAUGCGGAGCUUCGUGCGUUGGACGCCGACAUCACCGCGCGAUCCCGGGAGCUGCAGGAGCUGCUGAACAACUGCCGGCAGCUGGAGGCAGAGCUGAAGGAGCUGAACGGCACCAUGACCACGACGGACAUGGCCCGGGAGGUUGAAGAGCUGAGGAAGGACUGCAGCAGUUACACGGAGAAACUGGAGAGGAUCAAGUCUGCCACCAACCACGUAACGCCAGAGGAAAAAGAGAAGGUCUGCAGCGAGCACAAGCUGUACUGCAAGGAGUGGCGGAGGAGGAAGCGGAUGGCAACCGAGCUGCUCGAUGCCAUCCUGGAGGGAUACCCCAAAAGCAAGAAGCAAUUCUUUGAGGAGGUUGGAAUAGAAACUGAUGAGGAGCACAAUGUUACACUCCCAGCAGCUCUGUGAGGUGCAGGUGGAUCUCAUUGCUUUACAGAGAACACAUGGUGGUGGAUCCAAUGCUGAAACUCAGUUGUUGGGUUUUAGGUUCGUUUUCUUCUGUAAUUUUUUUCCAGGGCUUGUGCUUGUUCUGCACUUUUAUAUAUUUUUGUUUAAAAGUGCUUUGCCCCUGGAAGGGAAGUUCAGAGCAAUUGACUCAGCAGUGGACCCUCUCCAUUUUGGUUGGGCUUCUUCACUAGGCAGUGACUGGGAGGGUGUAAGAGCACUGGGUUACAGGGAUGGUGUGUUGAUAAGAACAGGAAGGAAGCACCUCACGGAGGUGAAGGAACGAAUUACCAUUAUGGCCCAUAUUUCUGUAAACUCCAUACAUGGAGGGAGCUGCUUCCCACAGUAUGUACAGAGUUGUACACAACCCCACGAUUCAUUAAACACCAUCCUUCUGUUCCAGA